CCUUCACACGAGCACCAUCUCUACUCUGAAUCGUUUUCACCGCUCCCUCACCAUGUCGUUAUCCUGUCAAUCUGUAGCCCGAAGCUGCGUAUGCUCCCUACGAUCAUCUCACGCUCUGCGAAUUUCUUCGGCGGCGGUGGCACAGAGAAGGAAUACACCAAUGAAGAGAUGGGCCAGCACGGAGGCGGCAAGCAGUCCAAAGAUCUCGGGGAUUGUGGAUCAAAUCAGUCAAUUGACUCUAUUGGAAACUGCAGACUUGGUGGCAAGCUUAAAGUCACGGCUUAACAUCCCGGAUAUGCCCAUGGGAGGAUUUGCAGCUGGACCUGCCGCUCCAGCUGCUACUCCAGUCGAGGAAGAAGAAGCUGCACCCGCACAACAAGAGAAGACAUUAUUCAACCUGAAGCUUAUGUCAUUCGAGGCUGGGGCAAAACCAAAGAUUAUCAAGGAGAUCAAGAGCAUGUUAGGAUUGAGUUUGGUGGACAGCAAGAAGUUCGUGGAAAGUGCGCCGAAGAUGAUGAAGGAAGGUGUACCAAAGGAGGAAGCUGAGAAGAUACUGGAGACACUGAAGGGUCUAGGAGGUGUGGUGACGAUGGAAUAAAAGGGGUUUGGAUGUGUAUGAAUUGCAUGUGAUGGAACAUUGUAUCAAUACUAGAGAUGUGUACAGAAUCUACUUCUCGCCAAUCACUUUCUCUGUGGGUAUCAUGAAUUCCAUGGUUGGAUGAGG